UCUAGUUUUUGAAUAACAACUCGGUCUAUUCAUCUCGAAAAGAAGCGCACAAAAUGAAUGGGUCGUAUACGCACAACUGUUUGCGCUACAACAGCAACAGCUGGAGCCUGGACAUGAUUCCAGACUUUGACCUUACGAUACUUAAUUACUGAUUUGUCAGUGCCGGUGCACAAAUCAACUGAUAUGCUGUGAGACUUUACUGCUUGUUUACGAGGUCAAUUAUUAAUCCCUAUAAAUCGAUGAAACGCAAUUUUUUCCGACAAGUUGUCGCAGUCGUUUGUACCAUUAAUCAUUAACUUCCGUGAGAAAUUGAUUACCGAUGAACGAAAAAACAUUGACUUAAUUGUGAAGAGUUGUUGUACGCAUAGUGUAAUAUUGUGUGUUCGCAUCCUUGGUCCAUAUAUAAAAACAUGCCGGAACUCAAUUCAGUAGAAGAAGAUAAAUCGCGCAAAGAAAAAGAGCAGAAAGUCAGGAGAGCCGAUAAUCUCCCAAUACCGCUGCUGUUCGCCAUAACCCGUCACACGGACAUGGGUAGUCGGCGACCGUCGGUGUUUGUCAGUGCUUCAACGUUCCCGGAGCAUUGGCUACGUCGCUAUGUAAUGGGCGAUUGUCCGGCUGUCUCAGUGUGGGUGGACAGCUGGGAGCAUCCGAUACGAUGGAUCUUACGCUUCCUUGAAUCGCUUCUGCGCACAUUUGGAGCGUUAAUAUUUGUCAAUAACUUUUGGAGUGGAAUAUUGUUUUUGGUUGCUGUUUUCAUCCAUAAUCCUUUCUCCACCCUGAUUGGGCUUUUGGGAAUGGUAACGGCGUAUUUCACUGCCAUGCUGCUCUGUGCACCGGCCAGCCGGCUGCGGAAUGGCGUGGCGACCUUUAACGGUUUCAUGGUAGCGCAGUUUAUUGCCAAUGUGGCUGUUCCCUUUAACGGGACUAUAUGGAAUGCCUGGCUAAUAUUUCCUGCUAGCUUUUUUGCCGCUAUCAGUACCGUUAUAAAAGCUGCCUUUCACUCUGUCCUCAAAGAUUACAAACUGCCCGCCUUGAAUUCCCCAUUUAGUAUUACGACGCUCUGCUUCUUAGCUAGUCAAGGAUCCACUCCGUCUCCGCUGUUCCCGGCUGGAAUGAGUCCAGUUGCCCAAUACAACAACUACACACAGCAGCACUAUACUGGCAGUCUGGUAGCCAGAGGAAUCUUCUUUUCCAUCAGCAACAUUUACGGCUGCGACAACAUCGCGUCGGUGACCUUGGCCUGGUUAGCGGUAUUGUUGGCAUCGCCUCUGCUCUUCACACAGUGCAUCCUGGGAUCCUGCGUGGGAACCGGCAUCGCCGUAGUGCUGGGUGUCAACGCCCAGCAGUUAGCCAGCGGAAUGUGGAGUUUCAACAGUCUGCUGGUGUGCGGCUCGGUCGGCGGUUUCUUCUACGUCUGGAAUCCAAUCAUCUGUAUCGUGUCAAUAUUUGCCGCCGCCUUUGCGUGUGUAAUGGCCGGAACACUGUAUCAUACGCUGGGAUACUUCAAUCUGCCCUUCCAGGCGCUCCCAUUGUUUCUCACUGAUUCCAUAUUCCUGCUGGCCGUGGGGGCCUAUAGGGCCAACUGGUUGCCGCGCGUUGAGACCGUGGAUAUUCGCUAUCCCGAACUCCAUUGGGAACUGUACCAUGCCAGAAAGAAGAUAAGCAACAGCACGGCGACCAUUACCAACAGCACGACAGAUAGCACUAUUAAAAUGAACGAUUUUUCUCAUGAAGCAUAAUUUGGUCAUUUUAGUCGAUAUCUCAAUAUCGUAAAUUAUUCACUUUCACUGCAUUUUCUGGUGAUACGGUUCGGUCGAUGCCCAAUCUAGCAAAUCAACGAAACACCAAGCGAAGGAAGCCUUAGGAGGGUUAAGUGAUGGCUAAAAUAAUUUCAUGAGAUCAUUUUAACAUUGUAGAAGCUACAGUGCAGCGUUCUUAUGAUAUUUUUUCUUUUACUGACUUUUAAUAAACGCUGCAAAAAUGUAUAGUAUGAUAACAUGUACUUUUAUUCUGUUCGCAUAAA